AUGGUGAUUCCCAGGUUGAGCUCUCUGCUUCCAUGCAGAAAAUGGGCUAAGAGCGACUGGCUUGUAGCUUCCAUUGGAUGCGUUUUGAUCGUAUUUUUCCUCUCUUUCUUCUUCGAUCCAGCUUCGGACUCCGUCCCCUCCGUUGUCCGAUCUCCAACCAUCAUAUCCCCACCCGAUCUGGUCAAACUGCAGUUGUCGAGUAAAGCUAAAGAGAGAGGAGCCUUUUGCUUAGAUGGAAGCUUGCCUGGGUACCAUUUUGAUAAGGGUUCAGGAUCUGGCUCGAAAAGCUGGAUUCUUCAUUUGGAGGGUGGAGGAUGGUGCGACACAAUUGCGUCAUGUUCAGCUCGAGCAACGACUAAGUUUGGUUCUUCCAAAUUCUUUGAAAAAGAAGUUACCUUUGAAGGUGUUUUAAGCAAUGAUCCAUCUCAGAAUCCAGAAUUCUUUAACUGGAACAAAGUUGCGAUACGGUACUGUGAUGGUGCUUCUUUUGCUGGACGCCCUGAAGCUGAAUUCAAGAAUGAGACACGGCUUUUCUUCCGGGGACAGCUCAUUUGGGAGGCAGUUUUGGAUGAAGUGUUGUCGAUGGGUAUGUCAAAUGCGAAACAGGCCAUACUUACAGGAUGUUCUGCUGGUGGCUUGGCAGCUCUUAUACACUGUGACUACUUUCGAGAUCAUCUGCCAAAAGAUGCAUCUGUCAAAUGUGUUUCGGAUGGCGGCUUCUUCCUCAACCUGCCUGAUGUCCUUGGAAACCCUACGAUGAGAUCUUUCUACCAUAAUGUUGUUAACAUUCAGGGCGUAGGGAAGAGCUUGGAUCAGAAUUGUGUAGCCAAAAUAGAGCCAUCCAAGUGUAUGUUUCCUCAAGAAUUCGUGAGCAACAUAAGAACCCCAGUCUUUCUUGUCAAUGCAGCCUACGAUUUUUGGCAGAUUCAACAUGUCUUGGUACCAGUUUCUGCUGAUAAAGAUAGAAGUUGGUCAAAGUGCAGACUCAAUCUUAAGGAAUGUGAUGCCUCACAAAUGAAAGUUCUACAUGGUUUCCGCAGCUCUCUGAUGGAUGCGAUAGGGAAGUUUCAUCAGAGCAAAGUUGGUGGGAUGUUCGUAGAUUCCUGCUUUUCUCAUUGCCAGACAACUAUGUCGCUGACAUGGCACUCUCCAACCUCACCAAGAAUCGAGAAUAAGACAAUUGCGGAGUCUGUAGGUGACUGGUAUUUCAAUCGAAAACCGGUGAAGCUGAUCGAUUGUGCUUACCCGUGCAAUCCCUCUUGUUACAACAUUAAUUUCACCUGA